AUGCUUCCCCUACCUGAGUCACCACCUGCAGCACCACAGUCGCCACCACAUAGUGCCCCACCUCCAUUCCCAGUGCUGUCACCUCACAAGAGGGGCCUGCCUCUCACCACCCCACCCAUCCAGUCCCUCACCUCACCUUCCAGGACACACUGGGCAAAAAACCUCCCAAGCACCCAAGUGGUGACCUCAUCUCCACCCACUCCUCCAAAAACCCCACUGCCCGCCCUACUUCCCUCUGAUCCAUUCAUGGAUGCCAGCCCUCCUCCUGCCUCCCGAGCCUCCACCCUGCAUACCUUCAUCCUUGCCAACUGA